AUGGCGAGCCUGUGGCGAGCGGCGAUGGGCUCGGCCCAACCCAGCGAAAACUACGACGGAGUGGAGUUUUGGGUCAACCCGGAACGGUGCGGUUGGCUGAUGAAGCAAGGCGAGUACAUCAAGACGUGGCGUCGCCGCUGGUUCGCGUUGAAACAAGGGAAGCUCUUCUGGUUUAAGGAAUCCGACGUCAACCGCGGUUCCAAGCCACGUGGAGUGAUCCCGGUGGCCGAUUGCCUCACAGUCAAAGGCGCUGAGGAUGUACUGAAUCGGCAGUUUGCUUUUGAAUUGUCCACUAGGUCAGAGACCAUGUACUUUAUUGCGGAUUCGGAGAAGGAAAAGGAGGAUUGGAUUAAUUCUAUUGGGCGUUCUAUUGUGCAGCACUCCAGAUCAGUCACUGAUAAUGAGAUUCUGGAUUAUGAUAGCCGGAAAUAA